GAAGAUGUGGAAGACGGACGGCUCGACAGCGAGCAUUCCGAGAGCCCAGCCGAUGUGGAGUCCGAUCGUGCUCACUCUAUGAUGACAAAGGCAGCUGCAGCGGCAGCCGCGGCAGCAUUCUUUUUGUCCGGGGCCGAAGUGGGCAGCCUCUCUUCGCAAGCUGCAAACCUGACCUAUCCCUUUCACUCUGUUCUCUAUGCCUCUCCGCCCACCUCAUCGGCCUCCUCCUCAGCCUCAACUUCAUGUACUCUGCCCAAAGGCCUUGGCACCAAAAGCGAUAUCCACACUCUUUGCACCAAGUCAUUGGACGAGUUGUCGAGUCUAGAAAGGGACGCUAAGUUUUCCCAACAAGUCACACUACAGCCGCUUGUCUCAAUGGUCAAUCCACAUUUCUCAAAUAGGCAGCACCCCAGCCAACCUCAUCACCGUUCUCCACAAAUCUACCGCCAUCAGACACAUUACCGAGGACCGGAUGAACUGAGUGAUGCUGUCUCAAAAGUAAGUGAAUCUCCCCUCCCCUCCAACAGAUUGUCCAGCUACUCUGGAGCCUACCAAAGUGGCUUGCUUGAGUUUCAUCCUUCCACAGGUUUCCCAAGUCAUCAGCAGAUUUACAGUGAUUUUCACUUCGGCACUACGCCAACCACCUGUCCGGCAACUGCCACCACCCCCACCUCAACUUCUUCCUUCGUCAGCGGUCUGGCCAGCCAUGCCGACAGCACCAAUCAAGGGGUGGGGCCUCUGAGUUCUCCAUUCUCUGGAUGCUUUGCUGCCUACCCCUUUGAUGGUUGCCGGGGUGGCGAGGUGGCGCAGCCACAAUCUGCUGCGUCGGCUUCACAAAGUCCCAGCGAAUUGGGCUCCCACAUGACAUACCCACAAAGCCCGACCUCUCCGGGCCUGGAAAACUCCGGUUUGCGAGUCACCUCGCCUCCUCAACACAGCCUUCUUCAGACGCCCAACUCAGAGGCCCACCUACAAUCACACCUUUACCCUUCGUCCUAUGAUCAUCCUCCCCUUCCUCCACUUUCCCAUCAUCAUCUUCAUAGCCUCGCUCACCACCCUCCUCUUCCACACUACCUUACCUCUUCUCCCCCCUGCCCUGCACAUCAUCACCUUGGCUCACAGACAAAUCCGAAUCUUGCCCAUGCUACACACUCCCUCAAUCAGUACUCACUUCCCACUCGCCAACCACAGACGGCUGCCGAGCUUCUGCUCAUGCCUUCAGGGCUCUAUGUUUCCACUCCCUACGAAUCAGUAAACCGAGGCUCAGCUUUAGGUCUACACUCCUCCGUGUCCGCCUCCUCCUCCUCCUCGUCCUCCUCUUCCUCGUCGUCUUCCUCUUCCUCCUGCUCCUCGUCUUCCUCCUCCUCUACCUCUUCUUCUUCCUCUUCAUCCUUUCCACAAACCAUAACCACAACUUCGUCAGCUCCCCUGCGACUCAACUCUAUCACAGCCUCGCAAAAUGAUUUGGCCUCCACGUGUGAAACACACUUGUCUCAGGCAAGUACCGCGGAGGCCAUACUGACGUCACCACCACCACAACCACUGACCAUGGACUCUAGAUACGGUGACUUCGGUCUACCCGGACCCGAGCACGAUAUGGUA